AUGUUUUAUUAUCCUGCCGAAUUAGAAUUCGAUUCUGAGGAAUGCUAUAGACAGAUUAAAGUUAGUGUAACAUGUGCAAAUAAAAAUAAAGUUACAGCUGCCAGAAUUGAAUUCUGGAGGGAUGAUCCUGUUGUUACACAGGCAAAAAGACUCUUUUCUGAUGCCACAUGGUCAGAUUUUUCAGCAGAGUUUCAAGAUCCCGCAAAAGUUCAAGAAUUUAUCAGUAAUGUCAAUAAUCAUCCAUGUCCAUAUAUCUUUUCAGAAUUUAUGACAGCUGUAAAUGAGAUUCUUGCAGAUCCAGAAGGCAUCAAGAACUCUGUUCAAACAAUCGAAUGCCGUCCAACAAUGGGAGCAUAUUUCAACUUCGAUCAUAACACUAACCAACCAACAGGAAAAUAUAUGAUUACUGGCGAACGCAUUAUUGUUUACUGCGAAAAUUAUGGAAGGAAAUCAAAUUCUAAGUUAGUUUUUUCAAAGAAUGCACAAGAUGGCGAUAACAUGAUGCAGUAUGUUGAUCUUCCUCAAGGAAAGACAAAUACAUCAGCUACAUAUACUUGGGGUGGCCUUUAUGCACCAAUGUUAUGGAAUUGCUAUUCAAAUGAAGAUUUCCCACCACCAAAAUGCAGAAUCAGUGGUGGUCAUGAACUUUUAAGUUUCAAAUUGGGAGAUAAUGCAACUCUUUUCGAAGAAAGACUAGAGAAUUAUCUUAAAGAUCCAAACUAUCUAAGCAAUACAUUGUCAAAUGAUGUUCAAGGCAAAUUAAUGAAUGUUGCAGAAGUUUCUGGACCAAAUUUCGUUAUGCAUACGACAGCUGGCGCUUGUUUAACUGGUAUUAGAUGGGGUAAAAAUGCAGGAUUGGAUCUUAAUGUUGCAAUGGCACAAUGGAAUGAAAUCCGCGAUUUAUAUCUUGAGUAUUUGGGAUAUGUUGAUGAUGAUCCAAAUCCAGUUCAUAAAAAACAAUACGGAACUAGAGUUGUAAGUAAAAUAGGCAAAACAGGUGCAUAUGCAUAUAAGACAGGAAAUCACAUCUUUUAUAAUCAGGAUUAUUUCGGUGCCGCAGCUUGCAAUGCGCAAUUCAUCAGAGCUAGUGGUGAUAACUGGGGAGCUUGGCAUGAAAAUGGUCAUGCUUAUGAUUUCGGUCCAACAGAAGAAGCCGAAUUAACAAACAACAUGUUCCCAUUAAUGAUGCAAAGACGUUAUAACCUUACAUCCCGUUUGGAAUCUGAAAGUAGAUGGAAUAAUGUUCUCAAUUAUUUGAACUAUGGUCAAGCAUGGGGUGGUGAGAAUUGGUACGGUUUAGGUAUUCUUAGACAAUUGGAAAUUUUUGCUGGUAAACACAGCUUUGCUCAAUUUUGCAGGCUUAUCAGAGAACAUGAUUACAGUGGCGUUUCAAGGAGAGAGAAAUUCGUUAUUGGAUUUUCAAAGCUUGUUGGCCAGAAUUUAGCUAUUCCAUUAAAUAAGACAAAGUUAUAUAAAUGCUAUGCAAAUUGCAUGACGUAUGUUCAAGAUUUGCCACCAUGCGAUGUUCAUAUUGAAUACCUUAUGGAUAGAAAUGAUUAUGACAGAAAAGAUUUCCCACCUACUGCAAUUCCAAAGGUAUUGGCUACAUACAUUUUAGAUGAUGGACGUUUAAGAAUGAUAGUUGAUUUCGAAAAUGGCGGCAGUUGGAAGAAUAUGGCAGGAGUUGAAGUCCGUGAUGAAGAUGAGAACUUCAUUUGGUUCUGGCAUACAGUCGAUCUUUAUAUACCUGCUAAUCAAUGGGAACCAGGAAAAACAUUUAAGAUUAGAGGCUUCGGUUUAAAUAUGAACAUGACACAACCAAUUACAUACUCAGUUCCUUCCGGCUAUCAUAGAAGUGCCUUCGAAUUUACUGCCGAACUCUUCCCAUCAAAAGCAAAAGUUUCCUCACAAGCAAAUUCAGCUCUUUCUGGAAUGUUAGAUGAUGAUGAUUCAACAUGCUUAUACACUGAUCCUUUUGAACCAAAAGAAUUAACUGGAUUAAUAGUUGAUGUCGGAAUGCCUCGUGAUUUAUUCGGAAUUAGAUGGGCACAAACAAGAAGUGAUUUCGGAAAAACAAAGCAUUUCACAAUUCAUACAUCUCUUGAUAAAGAAGAGUGGACUGAAUUAUAUGCUUAUCAUAGUAACUUGACUUUCUUAUAUAAUGACAAUGCUGGUUAUUAUCUCCUUUUCCCACAUGUUGUAACAGCCCGGUACGUUAAAAUCACUCAGUAUGAUGAGAAGAAAAGAACUUCAUCCAUCAACUUAUGCCAAUUCCAUUUCCUUGAAAGAGACUUUGAUCCAACACCUGUAGCUACAAUGGAAACAACUCCAUUUGAAACUGCUUAUGAAACACCAGGAGAAACAGCCCAUUUAACACCAUAUGAAACAGUCUAUCAAACAAUGCAUCAAACUGCUCAUGAAACACCAUAUGAAACACCAUAUGGAUCGCCAUUUAUUACAGAAGAAGCAACAGUUUAUCAAACUCCAUAUAUGACAGAGGCAGAAACAGCAUAUAAAACACCAUUUGUAACAGUUUAUCAAACACCUUAUCUCACUGAAUAUGAAACUUUUGCUCAAACACCACAUAAUACAGCUUUCGAAACUCCUUAUAUAACAGAACAACAAACAGCUGGUGAAACUCCAUUUGAAACUGCAUUCCAAACUCCAGGAAUUUCUAAAUUCCAAACUGCAGCCGAAACACCAUUUAAUACGGUUAUCGAAACACCUCAUAUAACAGACUUUGCAACAGCUGCUGAGACUCCAUUUGAAUCUGCAUUCGUAACACCAUUUAUAACACCAUUUAUUACUGAAUUCCAAACUGCUGCUGAAACAGCUGUUGAAACUGUUUUCGAAACACCAUUUAGUUCUGCAUUCGAAACACCUUAUGAAACACAAUUUAUUACUGCUUUUGAAACUCCUCAUGAUACACCAUUUAGUUCUGCAUUUGAAACACCAUAUGACACACCAUUUAGUUCUGCAUUUGAAACACCAUAUGAUACACCAUUUAGUUCUGCAUUUGAGACAGCCGUUGAAACAGUUUCAUUUACACCAAAAGAAACCAUGACACAAGCACCAAUACCAGUAAUACAAACAGAUGAACCUUCUAUUAGCACAAGUCUUGAUAACGAAAAUAAUACCUCAGAUAAUUCACUUGAUAAGAAAGACAGCAAAUUACAAGCUGCAAAGAUUCCUAUAAUUAUUGGUAUUGUAGCUGGUGUAAUUGCUUUAGUUGUAAUAGAUGUAGUUAUUGGCGUAAUUUAUCACAAGAAAUCGCCCCAUCGUAACUAUCAAGAAGAAAAAUCUCAAGAUUUUGACGAACCAGGAAGUAUUGUAGAUGACCAACCACCAGCAAAUAUCCAGGAUAGUAUUGAAGAGUUGUUUAUAUAA